CGUAUGGUUUGGUCUGGUCUUCUCCCAUAUAAGCCUUCCAUUUCCAUUUCCUUCCAUAUAUAAACCUCUGCUCUCUGUUUCUGCUUCCACCGCUCAAAAACAAGCCUCGUACUUCUUCUAGGCACCCCUCUCCCUCUCUAAUGGAGUCUUCUGCAACCACCAUGGCCUUGAGAGCCACCUCUUCUUCUUCCUCCUCUUCAUCCUCCUCCUCCUUCUUCUCCAUUCCCCCAACCCAAAAGCCCCAGUCUUUGCCUUUCAAGCUCCAACCUUUUCGCUUUAAGAGGCACCAAUCCCUAAAAUGCAUCCAAUCCCCACCGUCCGAUCCCAACCCGCUCUCACAGUCCACCCCCCUCAAAAACCCUACCUUCUCCUGCUCCGCCGCCACCCUCUCCCCCUCUCCCACCGCCGACCUCGCUCCCUCCAAGCUCCACCGCCUCGUCUCCGAGUUCCAGUCCCUCACGGAGCCCAUCGACCGUGUCAAGCGGCUGCUGCACUACGCCAGCCUCCUCCCGCCGCUCCCCGAUUCGGGUCGGGUCGACGCCAACCGGGUCAUGGGCUGCACGGCCCAGGUCUGGCUGGAGGCGAAGAUGGACCAGGACGGCAAGAUGAGGUUCGCGGCGGACAGCGAUUCCGAGAUCACCAGAGGGUUCUGCUCGUGUUUGGUGUCCGUUCUCGACGGGGCGGCGCCGGAGGAGGUCUUGGCCGUCAAGACCGACGACCUGGCGGCGCUCAAUGUUGGGUUGCCCGGUGCGCAGAGGUCUAGGGUUAAUACGUGGCAUAAUGUGUUGGUCAGUAUGCACAAAAAGACUAGAGCUUUAAUGGCUGAGCUACAGGGGAAGCCGCCGUUCGAGCGCUUCCCGUCUCUGGUCAUCACCGCCGAUGGGAUUCAGGCCAAGGGUAGCUACGCCGAAGCCCAGGCAAGGUAUUUGUUUCCGGAUGAGGCUAAGGUUGAGGAACUUGUUAAUGUGUUGAAAGAAAAGAAGAUUGGGGUUGCUGCUCAUUUUUACAUGGAUCCUGAGGUUCAGGGUAUUUUGACUGCAGCAAAGAAGCAUUGGCCUCACAUUCACAUUUCGGAUUCGUUGGUCAUGGCGGAUUCGGCUGUCAAGAUGGCGAAAGAUGGAUGCGAGUUUAUUACAGUUUUGGGUGUUGAUUUUAUGUCUGAAAAUGUCAGGGCGAUCCUUGAUCAGGCCGGCUUUCAAAAGGUCGGUGUUUACAGGAUGUCAAAUGAACGAAUUGGUUGUUCUUUGGCAGAUGCUGCAUCUUCCCCUUCUUAUAUGAGUUAUCUUGAGAAUGCUUCAAGGUCACCUCAGUCAUUGCAUGUUGUCUACAUUAAUACAUCACUGGAAACAAAAGCUUAUGCACAUGAGCUUGUGCCAACAAUUACCUGUACUUCUUCAAAUGUUGUCCAAACCGUUCUGCAGGCUUUUUCUCAAGUGCCAGAUUUAAACGUAUGGUACGGUCCUGACUCUUACAUGGGUGCAAAUAUUAGAGUAUUACUUGAGCAGAUGACAAAGAUGACAGAUGAAGAAAUUGCUGAGAUACAUCCAGCACACAAUAGAGACUCAAUCAGAUCUCUGCUACCUCGCCUGCAUCAUUAUCAGGAUGGGACAUGCAUGGUGCAUCAUUUGUUUGGAAAUGAGGUUGUGAACAGGAUAAAUGAAAUGUAUUGUGAUGCAUUUAUAACUGCUCAUUUAGAGGUCCCUGGAGAAAUGUUUGCUCUGGCAAUGGAAGCAAAGAGGAGAGGAAUGGGAGUUGUGGGGUCUACCCAAAACAUUCUAGAUUUCAUAAAACAGAGGGUUCAAGAGGCUUUAGAUAGAAAUGUCAAUGACCACCUUCAGUUUGUAUUAGGAACAGAAUCUGGAAUGGUGACUUCAAUUGUUGCACUAGUUCGCAGUUUGUUAGGUUCUGCAAAGUCAGGGGGAGCAAAGAUCAAUGUUGAAAUUGUAUUUCCAGUUUCAUCAGACUCGAUGACAAGCACAUCAUCCAAUUCUUCUUCAGGCCUUAACCCUAUUAAGGUGGGUGAUGUCAUACUACCUGUUAUACCUGGAGUGGCUAGUGGGGAGGGGUGUUCAAUUCAUGGUGGGUGUGCAUCCUGUCCGUACAUGAAGAUGAAUUCUCUCAGCUCCCUCCUGAAGGUUUGCUACCACCUACCUGAUGAGACUGACAACGCCAUUUCUGCAUAUGAAGCUGCGCGAUUCAAGUUGCAAACUCCCAAUGGAAGAUCAGUUGCGGAUGUUGGGUGUGAACCAAUUCUGCACAUGAGGCACUUCCAGGCCUCUAAAAAACUUCCAGAGAAGCUUGUUUUCCAGAUCUGUAAUCCAUCCAGUAAUGGAAAGUCGUUGUCAAUAAGCUGAGUGAAGCAGAUUCUGACUCUGAGGAUGGCUUCCUUCAAGCAAAGUUUCCAUUGCCAGAAAUGUUGUGGUUCCUCUUAUGCCAUUCUUAUUCAUGGGAGUUUGUUAGUUUAUCCAGUUUCUUUUGCUCACAACAUAGUUCAUUGUCUCGCUUCCGAACUUGGAUAGGGAAGAAACUACAAACUAGAUGGUCAUAGUUCGGUGCUUACAUCUACAUAGGAAUUGAAGUUAUAAUAACAGUGAUAUUUACAUUUAAACUACAGAGCUGUCUGUCAGAACAGUGAAAUUCUUUAGUCAUUCACAUAGAGAUUUCCCCUCCUUUAGGGGUAAAUGCUACACAAGCUACAAGCUAAAUGUCAUUCUCCUUGACAACCCAAUUCAAUAUAGUAUUUACUGGUUAUACA